CGAAACACUCUUCUCUUGUCCUAUUCUAGAGCACCAUGGCCCUGCGCUGCAAGACCCCUGCUGCCACCUGCGCCGCUCGCUCGCGGCGCUCGGUGCGCGUCAGCGCGCACAAGGGUGCCUUCGAGCAGGCGCAGGUCGCUGCCGCUGCCUUUGUCGCUGCCGCGGUCAUUGCCGCGCCCGCUAACGCGGGUGUGGUGCUGCAGCAGCCUGUCCUGAAGAAGGCCUUCCAGGACGAUACCCCCGCGGCUCCCCCCCCGAAGCGCGAGUUCCGCGGCCUGGCUCCCCCCGCGCUGCCCCAGUCUGAUGCCCCCAACGUGGCCGCUGAGAAGCCCAAGAAGGCUGAGGUGGUCGAGUCGACCUCCGGCGGCCUGGACCCCCGCAGCGUGGCUCUGCCCGGUGCUCUGGCCCUGACCAUCGGUGGUUUCGUGGCCGCCUCCAAGAUUGAUGGCUCGUUCAACGACUGGUUCAUGGAGGCCGUGGUCCGGGACUCCAACAACUACGCCGGCUACGAGGCGACCCUGAAGAGCGAGAACGGCGUGACCUUCCCCAAGGUCGCCGCUGGCGGCACCAAGAAGGUGAAGGCCGCCACCGGGUCGAAGAAGGGCGGCUUCCCCUUCGGCGGCAAGAAGUAAACAGCUCAUCUGGCUGUGCAUUGAUGUUCGGCUGUCCGCGAGGUUGCACGACCUCGAAGCUGCAUGAGGAGCUGGGAGCUGGGGCGUGAUGGGUGCGCGUGGCCCAGCCCGCGCACCCGAUGCUCAACGCUUGCAGGCAGGCUAGCAGGCAGGCUGAAGGCUUAAAUUCUCACUCGACGUCCACUUUGUGCCUUGGCCCGCGCCCAGAGCUUCAGGCUUGCGGCGCGGCGUUUAGUGUACCCCGCAUGCGCGCUCGGAUCAUGGUUCAAGAGAAGAGUUUUUGUGGGCUCGUGCGACAACCAAGACCGUGCUAGGUGCUUGUGGUCGGGCACUGACGCAUGGCAGGUUGACACCCGUUUUGUGUUAGGGUUUCCGAAGGGCAGUGUCCCAUCCUUGGUAUAGAUCGGAAUAUGAACUGGAGCGUGCUGCUGUUGCAUCUUGGGCCCGGGGUUUUCGCGUGCCGGCGCUGAAGUGCACACGACGCACAGCGUAUUCUAGAGGGGCUCUGUUUCUGGUUCUGGGGGCUCGUCCCUCCUGUAAAGUAAACGACCACUGAUGCAUGGUUCUGCUGCCUUGGCUGGUGUCAUCCACGAAGUACGGUGUCAUUGCCGACAAGUAGCACCACAAGCAGUCGAGA